AUGACAGGUCCUGGACUGCUUCUUGUUGCUAUUUCUCUCCUGGCUUUUGCCAGCAGAAAUAAUGGUGAUAAGGCUGCUGACUUCAUUGACAAUCUCCCAGGACUCACCUUCGAUCCUGGAUUCAAGCAAUAUUCCGGUUUCCUUCCAACAAAAGCUGGAGAUUACCUUCACUAUUGGUUCGUUGAAUCGCAAAAUGAUCCUUCAACCGAUCCACUCAUUGUUUGGUUCAAUGGCGGCCCAGGUUGCAGUUCAGUCGGUGGUUUCCUCACUGAAUUGGGACCAUUCCGGGUUAACCCUGAUGGAGUGACGCUCUUCGAGAAUAUUUAUUCAUGGAAUAAG